AUGUCAGCCACGAACUGGACUACCCUUCACCCUUCCUUCUUUAUUCUUGUUGGGAUCCCAGGCCUGCAAGAUUUUCAUAUCUGGAUCUCCAUCCCCUUCUGCUCCAUCUACAUAAUCUCCCUUUUGGGGAACUGCUUUCUUUUGGGGGUUAUCAAGAGUGAACCAAGCCUCCAUGAGCCCAUGUACUUGUUCCUCUGCAUGCUGGCAAUUGCAGAUCUCACAGUUUCCACCUCCACUUUACCCAAAAUGCUCAGCAUUUUCUGGUUUCAGGAUAGGAGCAUCCAUCUUGAUGCCUGUUUAACCCAAAUGUUCUUGAUCCAUUCCAUUUCCACCAUGGAAUCUGGAUUCUUUGCUGCCAUGGCCUUUGAUCGCUAUGUGGCGAUAUGCAACCCACUGAGGCACUCUGCCAUCUUGACCAACCGUGUCAUCACUCAGGUGGGCUUGGCCAUUUUGAUCCGAGCGACCAUCCUCCUCUGCCCUCAUCCCUUUGUCGUCAAGUGGCUCCCAUUUUGCAGGGGAAAUACCAUCGCUCACACCUACUGCGAGUUCAUGUCCCUGGUGAAACUGGCAUGUUCUGACACGCGGCUUGCCAACGUUUUCAGCUUGACUGUGGCCUUUCUUACGGGAGGCCUGGAUUUCCUCUUCAUCGUGACAUCCUACGUCCUGAUCCUCCACACCGUGUUCAGACUUCCCUCCAAGGAAGCACGAAUCAAAUCUCUGGGCACUUGUGGGUCUCACUUCUGUGUGAUCUUGAUAUUCUACACUCCAGCAUUUUUCUCCUUCCUUACUCACCGAUUUGGCCACAGGAUUGCCCCCAGUGUCCACAUCAUUGUUGCCAACCUCUAUAUCCUGGUUCCACCCAUGAUGAAUCCCAUCGUCUAUGGUGCAAGAACAAAAAAGAUCCGGGAAAGCGUCCUUCGGAUCUUCUGGAGAGAGCAAGAUCUCCUUGUGCUUGUCUCCUCUUCACCUUGUCUGAACUGGUUUUAA